CGCGUCUUUUGAUUGCAGCGACGCGUUUUGUCAUUUACGCGGAACAUCCACCAUAUCAAGAACUGAACAUGCCUGCACGCUCACAAAGACGCGGAACGCAGCCUUCUCAGAGGACUCGUCGACGCAGGCAUGAAGAGGAGGAGGAGGAAGAGGAAGAGGAAGAGCUCCCUGCCACCCAGGGGGACCUGAUGGAUCUCGACGAGACUCAGGGCGGUAGGCUGGAAGCGGAACUUGACCGCAAAGCGAACGACUUGGUGCGUCUCGCGCUCUUCAUGGAGCAGAAACGCGUCCCGUUGAAGCGCGAGGACAUCACGAAGAAAGUCCUUGGCUCGAGCUCGCGCUCGUUCAACCAUGUGCUCGAGAAAGCCCAGAUCCUGCUCCGGCGGACUUUCGCCAUGGAGCUCGUAGAGCUCCAAGCGCGCAACUACCGCGAAGCAGAUGGCGGCGCGGAUGAGCUGCAGGAAGCGCGAGACGCCAUAGGACCUCGGAAGAAAGGCACGUCUCCCGCCGCGCAGGGGUCGAAGACGUACAUCUUGCGCUCCACGCUCCACCCCAAAAUCAUUGAAUACGCGGCGCUCACGGACGAGCGCAUCCUCGAGGAGCAGACCGCGGACGAGCCCGAGCUGGAUGACGACGAGCUCCCGCGGAGCUACGGCAGCGUGCUGUCAUGGAGCACCGCCGACCAGCUGGGCGCCGUCGGCGUCCUGCACGUCGUCCUCGCGCUCAUCCUCGCCAACGGCCGCGUCAUCACCGACAUGGACCUCCGCGCAUACCUCAAGCGCCUGCGCCUGCCCGCCGGGACAGGCACAGUCCCGACGAGCGCGCUCUCCACGCACCGCAAUAUGCCCAUCGACACUUUCCUCUCCCAGCUCGUCCGCCAGGGCUACCUCGACCGCGUCCGGCUCGGCGACCCCAAAGGCGGCGCUGGCGGCGGAGCCGGUAAGCGCGGGCGCCCGCCUGCUGCGACGCAGGGCGGGGGCGAAGACGGCGCGCAGGCGGCGUAUGAGUGGCGCUGGGGCAAUCGCGCGUUUUCGGAGGUGGGGGAGAAGGCGGUGGCGGAAUUUAUGGCGGAGUUUAUGGUCGAGCGGUCGAGGGGCGAGGCGAUCGAGGAGGAGGAAGAGGAGGGGGGGGAGGGGGUUGAACGGAAGCACCAGGCGAUGUUCAAGGGCAUUGAACGUGCCGCUGGGGGCAAGUUGGCUGAUAUUCGAUGA